GGCGGACACAAACUCUGUCAUACCAUUUCCUUUUAUUUGCGCCUCAAUUCCCUGAAGCCAAAGAACCCUAAAGUAUUAAAGGUACGGGUUUUCAAUGGGAUAGCAUCCAUUUUAUUCCCAGUAAUAGGCACAGAACUGGAUUUGAAUUCAACUUCCGAUUCAGCAUGGGAAUGUAGUGGAUAGAACACCGAUGGUUUCCAUGUUGCUCAGCAGGGCUUGUCCUGUUCAAGGACUUUGCAAUGCCCUAUUGGACAAUCCAAGUCCCAUGCUCUGUCAGCAAGGAGGCGACACUAUCACCGUUCCCUUCCUCAUCCCUGUGUCCCAUUUUGGCAAGAAUCUUCCUUCCUCUCUGCUCCAGAGGGUGCUCGAGUGCCCACAGGGAGCCCCUUCCUCGCCCCUGUGUAACUGGUGACCACUGGGGUGAUGCAAGGCCAUGAUGUCACACAGCUGUCCUGGCCACAGCACUGUGACAUCACCGCGCCAACCCUAUAUAAACCGGGCCGGCGCCCCCAGCUGCCAGUGCAGUUGCGAGUGGACGUGCCGUAGCGAUGGGUGACGGCGGCGUCCUGAUGGCUGCACUUGUCCUGCUGCUGGCCGUUGUGGCUGUCUGGUGGGCCAUUGGCCUCUGGCAGCCAUGGAGGCAGCAGGCAAAGAAGCGACGCAGGUUUAGGCCCAGAGGCCCAUGGAGGAACCGGGCAGCCCCUGCGGCUCCCAGGUUUGCCAGGCCUCGGGCGACCUCUCGCCAGCGGCCAGGUGCUCCCGCAAGCCCUCUGGAGAGCUUCUGCAGCUGCGGUCCCUGCAUGGCAGUGGCCCUAGAGCUGCAGGAAGUUAUGAUCCAGAUCUGGGCACAGAAUGGGACAUCUGUGCUGCUCUACUUUGGGAUGUGGCAGGCACUGUGGACACAGCUGGAGAAGCUGAUGAAGCGAAGCCACCUGCCCUGCUGUGGCUCGCCCAGCUUCUCCAGAAGCCGCCAUCCCAUCAAGAGGCUGCUCCCACCAAGAUUGGCCAUCAGUGGGAGAGCCUCAACCCUUGCAAGGAUGGCACACCAGAGAAGACCCGCCAUCCGUGCAAGAGGUUCAGGCUGUCAGAGGAUGUCCAUCGUGCCAGGAGCCUCUGCUACCUCUGACAGCCUCCAUCUCUUAGAGAGGCUCAGCCAGACCUGUCAGCCUGCAGAAGGUGCAGAGCCCAGGGACAGGUCUCCCAGCUCCCAUGGACCCUUGGCCCUCGACAACAUGGGCGCAUCCCUGACCACUGACAUGGCCAGGGAAAGCCCACAGGUCCAAGUGGGAGCCCAGCCCGAUCCAGGGGAGCUAUACCAGGAGCAGCUGGAGGAGCAGCAAGUGUCCUGGAGCCAGCAGCUGCUGGACCACAGCUCCCAGGUCACGGUGCUGGAUGUGCCAGAUAGCAACAGCCCGUGCCUGGUUGAGGAGGCAAUUCCCGAGGGACCAGGGAGUUUCCUCCAUCUCCAGGAAGCUGCUCCCAUACAGCCACCAACGACCAGCAAGGCUUCCGAACAAGCAGCUGCUCCUGGGACCCCCCUGUGUGAAGCCUCGGGCUGUAGCCCCGGCCGUCCACACGGGCAGAGUCCAGCCCAGGACGCCGGGGACAGCGACGGUGCCGCCCUGCCCCGCUCCACUCGGGCUCCUGCAGCCGCCUGUGCGCCCUGUCCUGGCCCAGCUGUGCCGCUCGCCAGCCCGACGGCGGAAAGGCUGUGGCCGCUGCCCGGCGCGCAGGAGGAAGCAGGGCACAAGAAAGAGCUGUGGGAGCUGUACCAGCUGGGCCCGCAGCUGGGGAGCGGUGGCUUCGGCACCGUUUUCUCGGGAACCCGACUCUCCGACGGGAGCCCGGUGGCCAUCAAGCGCGUGGCCCGGGACACGGUCCUGCAGUGGUAUGAGCUGCCCGACGGCACCUGUGUUCCGCUGGAGGUGGUGCUCAUGAAGAAGGUGGGCUUCGGCUGCCACAGAAUCAUCCGGCUCCUGGACUGGUUCGAGCUGCCCGACAGCUUCGUUCUGGUUCUGGAGCGUCCGGAGAAGUCUCGGGAUCUCUUGCGCGUCCUGGUGGAGCAAGAGUUCCUGAGCGAGGAGGCGGCUCGCUGGCUUUUCUGGCAGGUGCUGGAGGCCGUAUGGCACUGCACCGCCUGCGGCGUCCUGCACCGGGACAUCAAGCCAGAGAACCUCCUCGUCAACCCGGAGACUGGCGAGCUGAAGCUCAUCGAUUUCGGUUGCGGCACCUUCCUCCAGGAGCGGGCCUACACAGAGUUUGCCGGAACACGCUCGUACUGCCCGCCCGAGUGGAUCGGCCUUCGCUGCUACCACGGCGACGGGGCGACCAUCUGGUCCCUGGGCGUGCUGCUCUUCGAAAUGGUGUGCGGGUUCCUGCCAUUCGAAAACGAGCGAGACAUCGUGUUGGGGCAGCUCUCCUUCCCGCAGGAGAUCUCUCCAGGUUGGUACGCGGCCUGAAGAAGGCAGGCUUUGGCAGGUG